AUGUCCGCGCCCGCCGACACCCCGCCCUCGGCCUCGCCCGGAGCCUCGCCCGCUUCGCUGUGCUGUUGCCGCAAGUCGCCGCCCUCAGGGGGACGCCCGGCCGACUCCCUCGGGCGUCCCCCGGCCGACGCGGCCUCGGCGUCCAACUUUGCCCAUUUCCGACUGCGCCACUUCCACUUGGACCUGCGCCUCAACUUUGCGCUGAAAGAGAUGAGCGGCUGGAUGGUGGCCGACCUGUGCCCCCUGGUACCGGGGGUCCGGACCCUGGUGCUGGACGCGCACCCGUCCCUCUCCGUCCGGGCCGUGGAUUGCCGGGUCGGGGGAGCCGGGCGGGAGCCCUCCCGCCUGGCCUUUCGCCUGGAGCCCUUCGCCGAAUUUGGCUCCGCCCUGAAAAUCGACCUCCCCGAAGCGGCGGCGGAGACCGCCGGGACGCGGCUGCGGAUCAGCGUCGAGUACGCCGCCACGGACGGACCCGCGAUCUGGUGGUUGGACUCAGAGCUGACGUGCGGCCGAGAUCGCCCUCUGGUGUUCACUCAAGGUCACUCGGUGUCCAAUCGCUCCUUCUUCCCGUGUUUCGACUCUCCCGCCGUCAAGAGCACCUACACGGCGGCCAUCCGAGUUCCGGACGGCGUGACGGCAUUGAUGAGCGCGUCCCGCAGUUGGUACGCCAAAGCCGAGCGGGUCUUCCACUUCGCCAUGGACACGCCGGUGCCCGCCUACCUGGUGGCGCUGGUGGCCGGGAACCUCCGACACGCGGACGUGGGACCCAGGAGCCGCGUGUGGGCCGAGCCCUGUCUGCUGUCGUGCGCCGCCGAGAAGCUAGGGGGCGGAGUGGAGCGCUGGCUGACCGUCGCAGAGGGACUCUUCGGACGCUACCUUUGGGGGAGGUGCGACCUGGUGUUCCUUCCGCCGUCCUUCCCCAUCGUGGCCAUGGAGAACCCCUGCGUGACCUUCAUCAUCGCCUCCAUCCUGGAGAGCAGCGACUUCCUGCUGAUCGACGUGAUCCACGAGAUCGCCCACGCCUGGUUCGGCAACGCCGUCACCAACGCCAGCUGGGAGGAGAUGUGGCUGAGCGAAGGGCUGGCCACCUACGCGCAGCGCAGGAUCACCACCGAGGCCUACGGCGCAGCCUUCACGUGUCUGGAAAGCACCGUGCGAUUGGACGCCCUGCGCAGGCAGCUGCGGCUGCUCGGCGAAGACGACCCCGUCAGUCGGCUGCAGGUCAAACUGGAGCCCGGCGUCAACCCGAGCACGUUGAUGAAUCUUUUCACGUACGAGAAAGGUUUCUGCUUCGUGGCGUACCUGUCGUGGCUUUGCGGAGACGUCCGACGCUUUGACGGAUUCCUGCGGGACUACGUCGGCCGGUUCAAGUUCCGGAGCGUGGCGGCUCGGGAUUUUCUCGACUUGUAUCUGGCGACCUUUCCCGAGGCGGCGCGGAAAGAAGGCGUGGACUUUGAACGCUGGCUGACGGGCUGCGGGGCUCCGGCGUGGCAGCCGGACCUGUCGGCGGGGGCGGCGCUGACCGGGCCGGUGGACGAGCUGUGCCGGCUGUGGAUGGCCCCGCGCGCCCCCGAGCCGCGGGAGGCGGCCGGCGUGGCUGACAUGUCGGGCUGGAGCACCUUCCAGGUGGUUCUCUUCUUGGACCGCAUGCUGGACCGCGCCCCCCUCUCGCACGAGGUGAUGUGCGGCCUGCGCGCGUGCUACGCGUCGCUUUUGGACGACCUGAACGCGGAGGUCCAAGUGCGCUGGUUGCAGCUGGUGGUCCGAAGCGGCUUCUGGGCCGACCUCCCGCGACUGCGCGCCUUCCUGGCCAAACACACGUCUCGCAUGUACACGCUCCCGCUGUACGAGGACCUGUCGGCGGGCGCCAUGCGCGGCGUGGCGGCGGACGUCUUCCGGCAGACGCGGCGCCGACUGCACCCCAACCUCCGACGCGCGCUGGAGCGGCUGGUGACGCGGGGGCCGCCGGACGCGCCUCCCUCGCCCCCGCCGGCCCCCGCCGGAUCAUCCUUGCGGGACGUGGACGUGUCGGCGAAGCCGUCCGGCAUUGCGCCCGCCGCUUUCACUGUCAGGAAGCCGUCCGGCAUUGCGCCCGCCGCUUUCACUGUCAGGAAGCCGUCCGGCAUUGCGCCCGCCGCUUUCACGCCGACACGUAUCAUGGAUGGCGUCGGCUUUUCGGAGACGAGAAGAGGAGAAGGUCUCGUCCUGGAUGGCGCGACGUCAACGUCCACGAGUGCCGCGGCGGUCAGCGGCGGCGGCGACAGUUCGUCGACAUCGUCAGAGUCUUCGCGCCGGACGCCCCGGAGCGUCUUCGCCUUACCCCAAGGCGAACCGGUACGGCCCAUCGACCCCGCCUCCUGGGUGUGGCACACGGCCGCCGUGACGGGGAUGCUCCUCCCUCCUUACGAAUCUGACCUUUUAGCCAGACUGCAGGAAUGGCGCCAGCCGAACCCGCGCCGGUGCAGCUCCGACGACCUGGGCCGGCGGGACCCCGACAUCCUGGCCAAAAGGCCAAACUCCGCGCAUUCGCCUCAGGCUUAA